AUGGUGGGUUCUCAGAAUUCUUAAUUAUUUCGUAAGUUUGAUUUCAGGCUAAAUUACUCGUUCUCAUCGUUCUUUCAACCGUCGUUGUUGCCUCUCAAGGUAUUUGAUUUUGAUUUUUUAAAUUGAAUAAUUGACGGUGGACUUUCAGCGAUUAAGCUGAUGAAGCCUCAAAGAUGCGGAGAGAAUGAAGUUUUCAAGACUUGUGGGUCCGCUUGUGAGCCGAAUUGCAAUGAUCGGCGCCCGGUUUGUAAAACUUCUGAUGUGAAAGUUGAGAAUUCAGUUUCAGAGACCCUGUACCAAAAAUUGUGUUCCAAACGUGUGUCAAUGUGAGGAAGGCUUCGUCCGCGAUUCGGACAACAAAACUUGCGUCCUUCGUUCGGAAUGCCGUCGAGUUCUGCUUCCAGGAACAGGAAACACCUCGGAGUCUCCGAUUGUGCCCGACAUUGGUGAGUUAGAAAGUUCUUCGAUUUCUGAAUUCUUCCCAAUUGUUCAGUCCGUGGGCGUCGCCAAGCCCCCGUCUGCGGUCCUAACGAAGAGUUCAAGACCUGCGGCUCGACCUGCGAGCCUCGCUGUAGCCUUCCUCUCGUCGGAGUUAGAUCUGAAGCUUCAGAAGCCCUGAUAAUUGUUGAUUUCAGCAAAUCUGCACGUACCAAUGCAACCUGAACAAGUGCAUGUGCAUGACCGGAUUCCAGAGAAACUCCGAAAAUCAAUGUGUCCCAGCCGGCCAGUGCUCAGCCGCAUCAGGUGAUUUUAAAAUCCAUCAUAUCACUCAGAACUUUUAACGGAACAUUAUUGAUAAUUUCCGCUUUACAGCACGAUAAUUACUUAAAGAAAACUCGUUUUGUUUCAGCUCGUGCGGCUCGUUCUCUUCCAACUUGCGAGACUGAACCUUGUCCCAGAGGCUUCAUGUGCCUGUCGAACUACCGCUGCAAGCCCAUGUAAAAAACUUAUCAACUGACCUCACACCACUGUAUUUAUUGUAUCAAUAAAUUAUUGCAUAUUCAUGUUCAGUGGUUCGAGUCGUACUUGAAGAUUAAGAAACUUUAACUUCCACGAAAAACACAUCAUAAUUUUAUUCCGUCUUCUGACUCCAAAGUUAGUCCACUUUUCGCUAGGUUUACAUUGGUCGUGGGGUACGCAUAGAUUCGACUCCUUGUCUCUCGAGAAUCUAGAAAUGCACUCAAUUUCAUCGCGGGCUUUCUGUAAGUCAACUUUUUGCAAAGACAAAGUGGUUGUUUUAUUUAUGGAGGAUUCGAAACGCAGUUGCAGACUAAUAUGCGUUCGAAAUCAACCGAGAAAGGCCUCUAAUGAAAAUGAGGGUGUACUGUACCCCAAAGUGAGCCCCAAAAAAGUGAACCUUUCGAUAAUGCUUCGGUGCACCCCGCGUUGGACCUGGAUGACGUGCACCCCUAGGGCUUUUAGCGGAAAUGAGGUUGUACCCCCCAGUGAGCCCCGUAAAAAGUGAACUUUUCAUUGAUGUUUUUGGUGCACACCAGCCUGGAUGGCUUGCACCCUUGUGGCAACCGGUCGGAAAUCUCGGUGCACCUCUGCUCAAACUGUGGGGUGCACCGAGAGCUCGACGCGGGGUGCACUGCAACUUUUGUUACAGGUGUGAAAAUAAUAGAUGUUCGUUCACAGCUCACUGCGAAUAGAACUACCGUUUUUCUCAACCUGCGAUUCAAAAAAUCGUGAGAAUUACUCCAAUAAAGUCUCACAACGAUUCGCAGGCCUCUUUGCCCCGUUUAUCCCAAACUUUUGAUUUUCAUCAAGCGACGACAAAUGGGAAGAGCUCUUCUCGGCACCACCCGCUACCAACAAUGGGACCGAAACCAGCGAAGCACAGACCUCCGACAAACAUCGCAAAUCAGGGAUAUUGAAGCCCUGCCAAAGAUCGACGUCAUCAGAAGACAGACGACCUUUGGAGCACAAGAGUAA